CUGUUUGUCCAAAACUUACUCAGUCGUGGACAGACAUUAACUAAAGCGCUUUUUUGUGCAUUUUUUAAUAAUUUCUACUUGUUUUACUUCAAAAAUGGUAAUGGAUGCUUCUGCAGCUGCAAAUCAACUCGUUCUUAGACGAAAUAGGCCCGGAACAUCGGCAAAAGAAUUUUGUGGAUGGCAAGAUGAACCUUUUGAGGAAAUGGACAGCACCUUGGUGGUGCAGCAAUAUAUACAGCAACUUAUUCGGAAAAAUCCUUCAAAUGUCGAAUUGAUAUUAAAUAUGCCUGAUGGACAAGACGAAGGUGUCUGGAAAUAUGAACAUCUAAGACAAUUCUGUAUGGAAUUGAAUGGUCUUGCGGUGAGAUUACAAACUCAAUGUUUUCCAUCAACUUGUACACAAAUGACAGCAACCGAGCAGUGGAUAUUUUUAUGCGCUGCACAUAAAACACCAAAAGAAUGUCCAGCUAUUGAUUAUACGCGGCAUACACUUGAUGGAGCUGCUUGUUUAUUGAAUAGUAACAAAUAUUUUCCGUCUCGUGUAUCAAUAAAAGAUUCGUCGGUACUAAAGCUUGGAUCUGUGUGUCGACGUGUUUAUCGUAUCUUCUCACAUGCAUAUUUUCAUCAUCGUCGAAUAUUCAACGAGUUUGAGGAGGAAACAUUUCUAUGCUUACGUUUUACGCAUUUUGUCACAAAAUAUGAAUUAAUGUCAAAGGAUAAUCUCAUUGUUCCGAUUAGUGACAAUGCUUUGGGUGAUAUUCCGGGAGAAAGUGAAGCGUAAAGAUUCGUUUCUCCCUCCAAAUUUUUAAUCAAAUGUUUAUUAAAAGAAACAUCGCGAUUCUCAACCGAUACCUUAGCUGUUUUGUAAUGAAGUUGAACUAUCAACAAGUUUUGAGUUGGGAACCAUGUUAAAAGAGAAAUCCUCAUUUUCCAGCCUUUAAUUUUUAGACAAGCUAACUAUAACUCAUCAAAUAAUUGAAGUCCAACAAAUAUUGUAAUCAUUGUAGUCAUAGAUCAUUUUUUUAGUUUCGCUUUUCUUCUUUUAUUUUUUGUAAGAAAAUUAUAUUUCAUUUGAAUAAAAAUGAAAAGAAUCAAAUCUUUCAUAAUUUAAGUAUGAAAAAUAUCACAUGACGAGAAAUAAAACUUGAAAACUAUCUAGCGAAGUAAAGCAGCAGAUGAGGAUAAAAGAUAUUUAAAAAUUAAACGUAAAUAUUUAAUCAAUGAUGAGAAGUAAAGUAUCGAUUUGAAUAUUAAAAUAACAUGAACCACAAUCAAAAUGUUCAGCAUUAAUAGAAAAAUUAGAUAAUUUUCUCGUGAGAGAAAGAAAUAAGAAAAUGUAGAGCACUUUUCCAGCAAUGCAACAAGACCUUUGUGUGUUCACAGAACUAAUAAAACAAAACCAAUACAAAAUAUUCAUCUCCAAUCUCGAACCUAACAAAAUUUCAUUUGAUUUCAAUCUAAAUUUAUUUUCUUUUCUGUAAAUAUUUUAUUCCAAAAAAAGUUUGGGACGAAAUGAAAACAAUUAAAAAUUUCAACUCAACAAUAAAUUAAAUUCUUUAUUUAUGAAAGAAUUUGAUUUGUUUUAUUUUCAUAUCAUCAGCUUUGAAUGUCAUUGGAUUUGGACGAAGAUGGACCUGGUUGUGGCGCUGCUUCAUGUUGCCCUUUAUUCUUAUUUCCUGAAUUUCUUGCAUUCGUCGAAGAACUUUUCUUUUGGUCAUUGCAAUUUUUCUGUUUGUUGUGAUUGUUGUUUCUUUUGUUACCAUUCUGUUUAUUCUUAUAAAUGUAGUCUUCGUCCUUCUUCUGAUGUUUCGCUUGUGGUUCCGGCCAAAAUUUUGAUGGUGUCUUUGACUUCUGAUAACUGGGAGUUUUGACAUCGAUGUCAUCAAGAGAAAGAAGAAUGUGAAUGGCAGGCACUUGACGGGUAACAAUGAUGGGAUCAAGACCUUUCAAUAUUGGAUCCCAAUAUUCAUCGCUUCUUUGAUACGCUAAUUGCGUGACUUGAUGUACAUCAUAAUUUCUCUUCAUAAUUUCAGCACACGAUAUUGUUUUAGGCACGCCACCACCACUGCCACUCCAAACAACUGAUCUAUAUUCGCCUGAAUUGAAAGCUUUUUCCGCAUAUUCAACAACAUUUGCUACUUUUGUUCCGCCCUUAACAUGCAUCCAUAAGAAACUUUCUGGCAGAAUAUCGAUUGGAAUUCGAUCUUUUGUUAGUUCUUCUUCCACGUUCUUCCCUUUUUUAUAGUUUUCCAUUUU